GCUGUUGCUGCCGCGGCUCUGCUAGGGGUCUGCGGGGCUGUGGCCGGUGCAGCUGAGGUGCGGCUCAGAGCGGAGACGCGGGGGCAGUGCCAGGCGCAGGCCAAGAAGGGCUGGGCCGUUCACUCGGGAUGCGGCGCUGAGGCCCAGCAUGGCCGCCUUGGGCCCCACCUUCCCACUGCACCGGCUAGUCUGGGCGAACCGGCACCGCGAACUGGAGGCCGCGCUGCACAGCCGCCAGCACAACAUUGAACAGGAGGAUCCCCGAGGGCGGACCCCCCUGGAGCUGGCUGUGUCCUUGGGGAACCUGGAGUCUGUGAGAGUCCUUCUUCGACAUAAUGCCAACGUGGGUAAAGAGAGCCACCAGGGCUGGGCAGUCCUGCAGGAGGCAGUCAGCACUGGAGACCCUGAGAUGGUACAGUUGGUACUUCAGUAUCGGGACUUCCAGAGGGCCACACAGAGGUUGGCUGGCAUUCCAGAACUGCUCAAUAAACUCCGUCAGGCCCCUGAUUUCUACGUGGAAAUGAAGUGGGAGUUCACCAGCUGGGUACCCCUUGUGUCUAAGAUGUGCCCGAGCGAUGUAUACCGCGUGUGGAAGCGUGGUGAGAGCCUGCGAGUGGAUACCAGUCUCUUGGGCUUUGAGCACAUGACCUGGCAACGUGGCCGGAGGAGCUUCAUCUUCAGGGGUCAGGAGGCAGGAGCCUUGGUGAUGGAGGUGGACCAUGACCGGCAGGUGGUGCACACAGAGACACUAGGUCCAGCUCUGCAUGAACCGGAAGCUCUGCUGGCUGCCAUGCGGCCCAGUGAGGAACACGUAGCCAGUCGCCUCACCUCACCUAUUGUCUCCACCCACCUGGACACUCGCAAUGUGGCCUUCGAGAGGAACAAAUGUGGUAUCUGGGGAUGGCGGUCUGAGAAGAUGGAGACUGUUAGUGGCUAUGAGGCCAAGGUGUACAGUGCCACCAACGUGGAGCUGGUGACACGCACAAGAACGGAGCACCUCUCUGAUCAAGACAAAUUAAGGAGCAAAGGGGGCUCCCAGGCAGACAAUGGCGGAACACAGGCUGGGGAGUUGCCCAAAGUUCCCUCAUGGUUCCCACUACUUCUUCUCAGGGGGGAAGACUCCGUUCCAGUCCUUCCUGGGGAUGGCCCAGCAGCACUCCUCCCACAGUGGGUGCAGCAGGCAGCCAGCCCCACCAACCCCACAGCAAUUUCCCCCGAGGAGUACUUUGACCCCAGUUUCAGCCUGGAAUCAAGAAACAUCGGCCGCCCCAUUGAGAUGUCCAGCAAAGUACAGAGGUUCAAGGCAACGCUGUGGCUAAGUGAGGAGCAUCCACUGUCCCUGGGUGAUCAGGUGACACCCAUCAUUGACCUGAUGGCCAUCAGCAAUGCUCAUUUUGCCAAGCUGCGGGAUUUCAUCACGCUACGUCUCCCACCAGGCUUCCCUGUCAAGAUUGAGAUUCCCCUCUUCCACGUGCUCAAUGCCCGAAUCACCUUCAGUAACCUGUGUGGCUGUGAUGAGCCUGUAAGCUCGGUGUGGGUCCCUGCCCCCAGUUCUGCCAUUUCGACUUCAGGAAGCCCUUUUCCAUGUGAGGUGGACCCCACUGUGUUUGAGGUACCUGAGGGGUACAGUGUGCUGGGUGCUGAACGCAGUGAACCCCUUCGAGAUGAGGAUGAUGACUUGCUGCAGUUUGCCAUCCAGCAGAGCCUACUUGAGGCCGGCACAGAGGCAGAGCAGGUGACUGUGUGGGAAGCCCUGACCAACACGCGGCCUGGCAUUCUUCCUCCUCCCCAAGUCACGGUGUUUGAAGAGCAGCUUCAGCUGGAGCAGGCCCUCCAGGAGAGCUUGCAGUUGUCCACAGAGUCCAUGGGGCCAGUAUCUCCUCAGAGAACACCUCCAUCCCCUGCACCCCCAAGUUUUGAGGAGCAGCUUCGCCUGGCCCUGGAGUUGUCUUCCAGGGAACAGGAGGAGCAGGAACGACGGGGUCAGCAGGAGGAAGAAGACCUACAGCGGAUUCUGCGGCUGUCACUCACGGAGCACUGAGCUGGCUGGCCCUGGAGAGGCUCUCCCUCCGGGGUCAUUCCUUCUGCCUGUUUUCUAUUUAUUUAUUUAUAAACUGCUGCUGAGCUUGGGGUCUGGAGCCCUGGAGGUAGGCUGGCAGUGUGGCCGAGGUGGAAAUAAAGAGACCGUCAGCAGUGG